AUGUUGACACGUGAGAUUUUACCUCGGCGUACAGAUGAUGUCACUGGAAAGAAAAGUAAUGACGACGAAAAGAAAACAGGUUUCCCUCAAAAUCAUGAUGUCAAUCGAGGUUAUGUGACAUCACUUGAGGGAAAAGUUAUAAUAAUAAAGGGUGUGAUGUCACUCGGCAAGCUUGGUUUGCUGGGAACGCAUUGGGAAUGUCCACUUGAAUACAUGAGGAACACGAUUGAUCAGAAUCCGUACUCAACUCUUAGCAAGUGUGGAACCAUUGCCCUAUGCUGUCAGAACAAGCAUGAUAACACACACUAUUACAUCUGGCAUCUCUCUCAGCGAGAAGCAAGGGACGAGUUUGAGGUAUCUACCUUCUUCGUGAAAGACGUUGGGAUAAUGCACCACGAGGUGCCCCCCAAGCGCCAGAAGGGAAAGGACGAUUUAAGGUCCCACUUGGACGUGAAGCGACUCUAG